GACACGGACACUCGUCGCCCAGCAGAAUGAUCAUCGCUCUCCUUUACGUCUUGUUUCUUGCUAGAAGCAUGACUGCGGGACUAGUGCUGACCGGGGCUUGUGUGACUGACACGGACUGUAUGGGUGCCCGUGGAGAGGGCUGGUGCUGUGCGAAGUGGAACCCGGGGUCUACCCUGUCGGUGUGUAAGAAGCUGGGGGUAGUCAACGACAUAUGCCACACGACGGGCAGCACUGUCCCCUAUCCAUUCGACGGCAUUCGGCAAUUCUGGCGCUGUCCGUGCGGGGACAGCCUGGAGUGUGUCCCGAUCACGUCAGAGACCAGCAUCGGGCGGUGCGGGACCGGCGAGUCCGGCGAGGCUGUCUCCAAGCGCGGGGACCUUGACUCGCUGUACGACGGACUGGGUCGACUCGUCUUCGACAGCGAAUUUGAAAUGGCCGGUCUCAGUCGAUAAGGCAGGCAAAAAUAGCGCUACAACGACGCCUCCCAGCGAUUACAAUAUGAGUUGCAACAGAUACGCUCCUUUGCAGUCGAUAUGAACGUCAUGAAAUGGAAGUUUCAGUCAUGACAGGUGAAAUGGUUGAUAAAGGCUUGACUGCUGGCAGCAAGUAGUAAUGAAGUAUGCACAGAUUUGCACAGGUGAUUUGGCAGAUAUGAGAAUUAAUGGCUCUCUAAUUCAAUUAAAGA